GAAUGAAACGCGAUAGCGAUCAGCUGUGCUUCCGAUCGCCGGUGCUGGCAGUGCUGAAAAAUCGUUUAAAUGCAUAAAUAUUCAUUUAUUCGCAUAAUAUAUUUAUGUGCGUAAUAUUUACAUGCGGAAAUUCGAAUGAAAUACAAGGAUAUAAAAUUGGCUGCAAUCAGCUGAUCGAGGAAAUGCUAAUCGUUUUCGCAUAAUUGAUCGAGAGCCAUAUGUAAAAUGCAUUGCAUACGCAAGAUUCUAAAUAUUGCACAGCAGAAUUUACAAGGGUAUGAUAAAACCAACACAAUCUAUAAAACAUCAAGAAUAUUGCUUCAAAACAUUGUUUACCGUUUCAAUCAUAAUUCUGAAGAGUAUGCUGACGAUCAGAAUCAAGAAGUAUAUACAAAAAUCUCCAAUCAAUAUUUAGGUACCGCACUUGGAGGACACAGGGCAUUCAUUUUACAGCCAUACAUAAAAUGGGGUAGAGACAAGAAGAGAAACACUUCGCCAGAACUACAAAUGGCUGAAGCCGUAGCACUCAUAAAUACUUUAUCCAACUGGUGUGUAGUUGGUGCAAAGUAUGCUCCAUUACUUUCGCUACAAAGGAAGAGUUUAUUAGGUACUGGUGCAAUGGAAAACCUAAAGAAAGAAUUAUAUAAAUGUGAAAACCCAACUGCUAUAUUUGUCAGUACUAAUCUGUUAAAGUUUAUUCAAAUUGCUGAAUUGGAAAAAAUUCUUGGUCUACCAGUAUACGAUCGUUAUUCCAUAGUUAUCCACAUAUUUCGUCAGCAUGCAAAAAGCCCAGAAGCAAAGCUGCAAGUAGCUAUAGCAGAAAUACCAUAUGUACGGAAAAAAAUACUGGAAACAUCCAGGACUCGCAAUGGUAUAAUAAUGACGGAAAAGUUAAAACUUAUGUUUGACAAUAGAGAGAAGAAAUUGAACAACGAAUUAAAAAAAUUACAACAGCAUCGAACAGUUAUCAGAAGUCAGCGUAAGAAGCAUGGUUUUCCCACAGUUGCUGUGGUUGGUUAUACAAAUGCAGGAAAAACUUCCUUAAUAAAAGCACUUACGGAUGACAAAUCUCUUCAACCUGAAAAUAAAUUAUUUGCAACCCUUGAUACAAGUGCGCAUGGAGGACUUUUACCCAACAGAAUGAAGGUAUUAUACAUGGAUACUAUUGGAUUCAUUCAAGAUGUGCCAGAAACUUUGAUCGAACCAUUUAUUGUAACUCUGGAAGAUGCCAUGAUUGCUGAUGUUAUAGUUCAUAUAUAUGAUGUCAGCCACCCUGAUAUGAAAGCACAAUAUCAACACGUUCAGCAAACGAUAAAACCCAUGAUAAAAGAGGCUCAUCCGAUAAUCGAUGUCGCAAAUAAAUGUGAUCUCGUUCAAAGCGAUUGCAUACCCAAAGAUGCAAUCGCCAUUUCUGCUACGAAUUUAACAGGAAUCGAUUUGUUACGUCAAAAAAUAGAAAAAGUUCUUUUAGUCACCACUGGAUUAUUACGCACACGUAUAAGGGUAGAAUCAGGCAGUCCUGCAGCCAGCUGGUUGUACAAAAUGACAACGGUGAUGAAUGCUCAAUCAGAUCCUAAUGAUGCUCAAUAUUUAAUUAUGGAUGUUCUUGCUACUUCAAUCGAUAUUCAAAAAUUCAAGAAAUUUUUAAGACAAUAAAAUAUUCUAUAUUAUA